AUGGAGUGUCAAGAGAAGAAAAGUGGUGGUGGAAUGGAAAGGUGCAAGAAUCAGUUGAAAGAAAAUCAAAAGCAUUUCAGGAUUGGAAAGACUCAGAACUAUUCCAACUUAAGAAAAGUCAGACAAGGUGACACAAGCUCACCCAAACUGUUUACUGCCUGCCUGGAGAGAGCUUUCCGACAACUCAACUGGCAAGAAAAAGGAAUAAGAAUAGAUGGAGAAUACCUAAGUCACCUAAGAUGUGCUGAUGACAUCAUUAUCAUUAUCCCCACCAAAGAAGAGCCUCAACAAAUGCUCACUGAGCUAAAUGAAGGAAGCAAAUCAGUAGGCCUCCACAUGAACUUCCAUAAGACCAAAGUCAUGAGCAAUAAAUACACUGAAUAUGCAGAUGACAUACUUGAAAUUGAAAAUCAACAGAUUGAGGCAGUGGACCACUACAUCUACCUUGAACAACGAAGCUCUCUACAUGACGCCUCCAAAGAGAGUGAAAUAAAAAGAAGAAUAACCCUCAGAUGGCAGGCAUUUGGAAGAGCCAGUCAGUGUUAA